AUGCAGACUCCACCCUCUUGCGAAUCGUAUAUCCUCCCUGAUCUUCUCCAUAUUUCCCAGCCCUUCAAAGCCUCGACAAACCCGCAUUGGCUCAAGGCCGCUCCAGAGUCCUCGGCUUGGGUCUCUAGCUACAGGAUCUUCACGGACCGAAAGCGCAUGGAAUUUAUCCUGGGCUCGAACGAACUCCUCGCAUCGCACACGUAUCCUCAAGCCAACUACGACACAUUCCGAACAUGCUGCGACUUUAUAAACUUACUGUUUGUCAUAGACGAAAUUAGCGACGACCAGAGUGGUGAAGGUGCAAGGCUGACGGGGAAGGUGUUCUUGAACGCGAUGCGAGACCCUGAGUGUACGGAUGGCUCUAUUUUAGCGAAGAUGACAAGGGACUUUCGCGCGCGUCUUCUUCAAUCGAUCGGAGCCCAAUCCUUUCGCCGCUUCUUGAAAAUUCUGGAAGACUACAUUGAAUCUGUGACGAAGGAAGCGGAGUACCGCGAGCAUGGAUACGUCCUCGACAUGGAGCAAUUCAAGAUUCUUAGGAGGCAGAACUCUGCGGUUAGGUGUGCGUUCGGCAUGGUUGAGCACACGCUAGGCAUCGAUCUUCCCGAUGUCGUGUUCGAGGAUGCGACAUUUAUGAAGGUAUAUUGGGCCGCAAUCGACAUGGUGUGGUGUGCAAAUGUAAAUAUGUUCCCUCCUCCCGGUUAUCUCAUUCAGGAUGUUUACUCGUACAGCAUGGAGCUGGCUAAGGGCGACAAUCACUCGGCGAAUAACAUCAUGUCUGUUUUUAUGGCUGCCAAUGGCGUUAGCUUGCAGGCUGCUAGUGACUAUGUUGGGCGUCACUAUGCGAGAUUGAUGGAGGAAUACCUGUCAGCCAGAGCGGAACUGGCCUCUAAGUCGUUCGGAUCGCAGGAAUUGGAUUCGGACGUGCUUAAGUAUAUUGAUGCGAUGGAGAACUGGCCAAUAGGAAAUAUAGAGUGGUCGUUCAAGACGUCGAGAUAUUUUGGGCCGCAGAACGAUGAGGUGAAACAGACUCUGGUCGUCAAGCUGAAGCCUCAGGAAGUUCCUGCCUAG